AUCUUUGCGAAUGUAUCGCUUUGAGUUACUUUGUUGCAGUUUAGCAAACAAGAGAACUCGAUUAAACUAACGAUUACGUAGACAUUUACGGCCAUCAUUUUGAUAUUUGAAUAACUUUAUGAAGUUUUUCACACCCUGAGCUGAGUUUAUAGCGCUUUUGAUGCGACAGCGAGAAGAAAACAGCUGCUAGAGGAGUAUGGGUACGACUGCCAGCGCUGCUCCCCAGCCCACGCUGCAUGAGAGUUUCCACGGCAACGGGAUGAUGGACAGCAGGCGGUCGACAAGCAGCGGCUCCUUCCAGACGCUCAACAUCCACAGCAACAAGGCCAAGUCCAUCAUCACUAAUAAAGUGGCUCCUGUGGUCAUCACGUAUAACUGCAGACAGGAGUUUCAGAUCCACGAUGAUGUUCUCCGUACAAACUAUAAAGUUGGGAGGAUCUCAGAUAACAUGCCUGAGCACCAUCUGGUCCAGGGCUCUUACUUCAUGGUGCAGGAUGUUUUCAGCAAAGCAGAUGUCCUCAGCACCAGCGGCUCAUACGGAGCGCCUAACUUCCGCCAGAGCAAAGGCAGCUUCCCGCUCUACGGCAUGGGCCAGCCCAGCCUGAGUGGCUUCAAACAGGUCCUCCACAGACUGCAGGGUCAAGGCCAUCAGGAGGUGAUUUUAUUCUGUUUGCGUGAGGAGCCCGUUGUGUUCCUGCGUUUGGAGGCAGACUUUCUUCCCUACACGCCCCGGAGGAAGGAGAACCUUCAUGAGAACCUGCAUGAUCUCGGACGCGACGCUUGCUCGGAGAAUCUAGAGCUCACCAUCAGAAAAGAGCUUCAGGACUUCGCCAAACUCAACGACAACGUGUUCUACGUCUACAACGACAUCGAGCAUUUUAAAGGAGAGCCCCAGAAGAUCUCCAUCAGCUGUGAGGAAGACAUUCACGUCACAGAGGAGGUGUAUAAGCGCCCGCGCUUCACCCUGCCCACAUACAGGUAUUAUCGUCUGCCUCUGCCGACGGAUGGAGCGCCGCUGGAGGACCAGUUUGACGCGUUUGUGAACGUUCUCCGGGAGAAUCCGUCUCUGUCCUCGAGUCGUGACGCGUCGCGGCCUCUUCCGGCUCUGCUGUUCAGCUGUCAGGUCGGCGUCGGCCGAACCAAUCUGGGAAUGAUCCUGGGAUCUCUGGUGAUGAUGCACCUCACGCGGGAGGCACAGGAGCCGACAGCACCAGCUGAAGAGGAUGCAACAGACAAACCUAAAAUGCAGUUCCAGGUUAUUCAGACCCUCAUCAGUAAGCUGCCUAAAGGUCAAGAGGUCAUGGAAGAGGUGGACCGAGCCAUCGAUCUGUGCUCCGAGAUGCACGACAUCCGAGAGGCCAUUUAUGAGAACAAACAAAAGCUGGAGGGAAUCGGUGAAGACUAUCAAAUCCAGGGAAGCAGCACUAAAGAUUACUUCCUCCAUCGAACUCUACAGAGUCUAGAGCGAUAUUUCUACCUGAUCGUCUUUAAUGCUUACCUGCAUGAACAGUAUCCGCUGGCGUUCGCCUGUAGUUUCAGCCAAUGGCUGUGCUCUCACGCCUGGAUGUACCGCCUCCUUUCCUGCAUGAACCAAUCAGAGCUCAGAGCACCAGCUGACCUGCUCACGAAAGGAGCUCGAGUUCUGGUUGCAGAUGAAUAUUUAGCGCCUGACGUUCUGAGCACCAUUAAGCAGAUGAAAGUGGCUAAUUUCAGACGAGUGCCCAAAAUGUCGAUCUAUGGGAUGGCACAGCCGACAUCUGAGGCGACGGGAGCCGUUCUGGAGUAUCUGACGGGUGAGAAGAGGAAGCACAGCAGUGUAUUGUGGGUAAAUUUGCAGGAUGAGCUUGUUCUGGAGGCCAACGGCCAGAUCUUCUGUCCCAGAGAGCCCACGUUUGUGGACCAGCACAUAUGUGUGCUCUCCUCACAGACGCACCAGAUCGAGAUCGAGAGACUGGAAACAGCUCUGAAAGAGGAACUUGUGGGAAGUCAGAAAUGGAUUGAAGUGACUCUGGAGCAGGAGAAGCAGAUGAAGAUGUUCAAGAGCUGCGUGACGGUGCAGGAGAUCUUUAACCAGCACAAGAGUUCACACCAGGGACUGCAGUACAGACGGAUACCCUUCCCAGAAUGCUCUGCUCCGACUGAAGAGGGUUUGGACAGGCUGCUGGAGGCGAUGAAGUCUUGUCUCGCUGAAGACUCGCUCUCUGCGUUCGUCUUUAACUGCUCUAAUGGUAAAGGACGGACGACCACAGCAAUGGUGAUCGCGGCGCUCACUCUCUGGCACUUCAACGGUUUUCCAGAGUCUUGUGAGGAUGAAAUCGUAAGCGUUCCUGAUGCCAAAUACACAAAGGGCGAGUUUGAGGUGGUGAUGAAGUUGGUCCGCUUGCUUCCUGACGGUCACCGGAUGAAGCGGGAGGUCGAUCUGGCGUUAGACUCCGUCAGCGAGACCAUGACGCCGCUGCACUAUCACCUGCGGGAAAUCAUCAUCUGCUCCUACAAACAGAUCAAGAGCUCUAAAUGUGAGGCAGAGAUCCAGACUCUGACGCUGAAGAGUUUGCUGUAUCUGGAGCGCUACAUGUACCUGAUCCUCUUCAACACGUACCUGCACCUGGAGAAGAGAGACUCCUGGCAGCGCUCCUUCAGCGACUGGAUGCUGCAGGUGGCGGCUCAGGCUGGAGUUUAUGAGCUGUUGAAUCAGUUGGGCUUCUCUGAGUUUGAGGACCUGAGAGACUCAACCCUCUGUCGUCUCCGUCACCGUUGGCAACAGCAGAUCCGCCACGGGCUUCCGUUCAGAGGAGAAUUCAUCUGAGAAACGCUCGUGGAAUUAUGAAAUAUACUCUGUUCAUUUGCAGGAUGUCCACCUGUUUUUGAACAAUAGUUGAAGUGUAAAGGACUAGAUCUUAAACCCACUGUGAGGAACUUUAAUGAGAACACAAGAUGAGGAUGUUGCAUGAAGCUCUCACCUGUGCAUGCUCGUUUGUUAAUGUCUUUCUGUGCAGGUCUCUUACAUCUAUAAUUAACCUAUUUUUAAUUUAACAGGACUCUUUUUAUGUCCAUUUAGCUUUAGGUGAUUAUUUGUCGUGCGUUUGCUUGUAUAGUUUAUUCACUCGGUUCCUUUUUUUAACAUUUGAAGGCUGCAGGAACUGUGAUGUUUGUUUUAUAAAUGAGCGUUUUUCAUGAUGAAGACUUUCAUAAUGGCGGUCUCCAUUAAAAAUCUUUUGUA